AUGAUCGAGCGCGGCUCAAAAGUGCGCGUGCUGCGGCCCGAGUCUUACUGGUUCCAGGAGUGCGGCUCGGUCGCUACCAUCGCCAAGGGUGGCGACCGGUAUCCGGUGGUGGUGCGCUUCGAGAAGGCGCGCCGCACCCCCGUGAACUACGCCGGUGUCGCGACCAACAACUUUGCGCUGGAUGAGCUUGUGGAG